AUGUCUUCAACCACCACCAGCACACUCACCGGCAUCAGCAGUGAUACUAGUACCGGCACUUCUUGGUCUAAAAGUUGGACUCUAGAAAUUCAAGAUCGGAAAACCAUUGAUAUUUGCUUCGGUGUAUUCUUGAUCUCUCUGCUCAUGCUACACCAGGGUCUGCCUGGGAUCUGUCUACAACUUCGUGGCCUGGGCUGCUUCUAUCCAUGGAAAUAA